AUGGAGUCAUCAGGAUGCACAGCUACAAAGGACCAACUUCCAAGUGCAGGGGGCCAGGUGCCUAACUCUCUCAGCACACAACCUUGGGAAGUAACAGAUACCACCCGACUACGCCGCUUCCUCUGUUAUGGCUCUGAGACAGCCUCAUACAGCACUAAGGAUCAUCCACUGGGCAUGGAGAACACCCUAACCCUGAUCCGGCUCAUUGAGGAUGGACGAGGGUGCGAGGCAGUGGAGGAGAUCCGACGGUUCGGCCUGGAGGGCACGGCUGUCCGAGCCAACCCGACGUUCUUUGCGCUGGCUGUCUGCUCACAGCACUCAGAUGCCAAAACCAAGCAGGCUGCGUUCAGGGCCCUGAAGGAACUGUGCCGCCUGCCUUCACAACUCUUCUGUUUCGUCCAGUACAAAAAGGAGCUGAAGGAGGGCAUGCACGGAGGCAUGUGGGGCCGGGCUUUGCGCAAAGCUGUGUCGGACUGGUACAAUAGCCAGGACGCUAUGACCCUCGCUCAAGCUGUGACCAAGUGCAAGCACAGGGCAGGCUGGUCCCACCAGGACCUGCUUAGGCUCUCCCAUAUGAAACCUGCAAAUGAUGCAAUUGCUUUUAUCACCAAGUACAUCACAAAAGGAUGGAAGGAGGUGCGGGAACUGUAUGCUGACAAAGAAAACUCAGAGGAAAUUGUGAGAAUCUUUGAAUAUUUGGAAAGUGUGGAAAAGGCCAAGCACUCUACUGAUGAGCUGGAGGUUAUCCAUCUGAUUGAGGAGAACAGACUGGAAAGGGAACAGAUUUUGACAAACCACCUGAAGUCCAAAGAGGUAUGGAAAGCUUUGCUGAAAGAAAUGCCAGUGACCACUCUGAUGAGACACUUGGGAAAGAUGACGGCAGACAAGGUUCUGGCACCAGGCAGCUGUGAGGUUGCAGCUGUCUGUGAGAGAAUCCAGAAUGAGACUCUUCUCAAGAAGGCAAAAACACACCCCUUUACUAUCCUCGUGGCUUUGGAAAACUAUAAGAGAGGUCAUGGGAACAGAGGGAAACUGAAAUGGGAGCCUGAUGGAGACAUCCUUCGUGCUCUGGAAAGCGCUUUUACCAAAUGCACGGCGAACGUGGAGCCCACGGGGAAGCGGUACGUCGUCAGUGUGGAUGUCAGCGCCUCGUUGAGCAGCGUUGCCUUGGGAAGCUCUGUGAAUGCAGCCACAGCUGCUGCGGCAAUGAGCAUGGUGAUUGCUCGAACUGAGGCUGAUGCACAGGUACUGGUGUUUUCUGAAGGAGCCGUUGUUCCUUGCAUCAUCUCUGAGGACAUGUCUCUUCUGCAGGUUACAGCAGAGCUGAUCAAGAUACCUUAUAGCAGCACAGACUGUGCAAUGCCCAUCCUCUGGGCUUCAGAAAACAACAAAUCUGUGGAUGUUUUCAUCAUUUUCACCAACAACGAGACCUGGUUUGGCAAGGCUAAUCCUGCGGAGGCGCUCAGGAUGUACAGACAAAAACUCGGCAUAUUUUCCAAACUGAUCGUGUGCGGAAUGACCACCAACAGCCUCUCCAUAGCCGACCCAGAUGACCGAGGUAUGUUGGAUAUUUGUGGAUUUGACUCUAGGGCUGUGGAAGUAAUCCGUAACUUCGCCCUGGAUCUCAUUUGA